CUUCUCGAUCUAACUUUUGUUCGUGGAUCCCCGGCGGCCUCUUGAACCUUUUCUCUGAUCUUUUUGGCGACAAAAUGGCUUUGAGUAGUAGUAGUAAAGCGCUUUACAACGUGACCAUCCUAGGGGUUGCGUUCUUGUUAGUUUUUACAGCAUUUCAAACAUGUGGAAUGAUACAGACCGUUGUAUUACGAGACGAUGUUGACUUCCGUGGAAGCGGCUAUGACAGUCUGGCCAUCAUCUAUGCAGUCUUUGCUGCAGCCAACUGGAUAGCGCCCUCUGUCGUUGCUCUGCUUGGUGCCAGAUGGUCCAUGCUAGCGAGUGCUGUUGUGUACACAGGGUUUAUUGCUAGCUUUCUACAUCCGAUAGCAGGGGUACUCUACUCUCUAUCUGCACUCCUGGGUUUGGCUGCUGCAGUCAUAUGGACAGCACAGGGGAACUACCUAACAGAGAACUCCAAUGAGCAGACGAUGGGAAGAAACAGUGGUUUAUUCUGGGCAAUGCUUCAGUGCAGUCUACUAUUUGGAAACCUUUUCUUUUUUCUUGAACUUGAAGGGAAGACAUCGAUCACCACUCACCUGAGGACAAUUAUCUUUAUCGUUCUGACCGUCAUCAGUGGAAUAGGAGUUCUUACAUUUCUCUUUCUCACCAAACCACCUGAGGAAUUCAGCUCACUCUCAGUUCAAGAAGGAGAAGAAACAAGCGGAUUUUUCAAGACAGCAGUAACAGCAUUUGUGCGGUCAGCCAAGUUGAUGCUUAAGAAGGAAAUGUUAAUCAUCAGCAUUACUAAUUUCUAUACAGGUCUGGAGUUGACUUUUUUCAGCGGUGUAUACGGGACUGCAAUCAGUAAUACCAAAAUGUUUGGUGUAGAUUCAAACAGUUUCAUUGGUAUUAGUGGUAUGCUUAUUGGUGCAGGAGAGAUCACUGGUGGUUUGCUCUUUGGUAUUCUUGGCAAGAAAACUAUCAAGUUUGGUCGAGAUCCCAUCAUUCUUCUGGGUUAUGUGGUCCACAUGAUUUGCUUCUAUCUUAUCUUUCUCAACCUACCUGCUGAAUCGCCUAUACAAUCAUCACAUGAGGGCUCCUACAUAGGACCAUAUAUUGAAUUAGCAUUUGCUUGCUCAUAUAUGCUUGGAUUUGCUGAUGCUUGUUUCAACACACAAAUAUACUCACUCCUCGGAAGCUACUUUAAGUCAGAUAGUGCCUCAGCCUUUGCCCUCUUCAAGUUUAUUCAGUCCGCUGCUGCUGCCAUAGCCUUUGCCUAUAGUCUUGUGCUCGUACUUCACUGGCAACUCCUAAUCCUGGUCGUCUGCGGAACAUUUGGGGCGCUGUCAUUUUUCUACGUUGAGCACCAUCCACCUAGGAACGAGAUCUGAUAUCAAGCGCUCCAGCUUAGUGAUAUGGAAGAUGCCCACUAUAGCAACGGAGAGGAAGAGGAAGUGGAGGAUAGGGGCAUUAACCAGAUACCAUAUAACAACAAAACAUGAUCUGGAUAUAAAGUCAUCCAGAGUUAGUUUUCAAUUCAAUUCAAUACAACCUGAAGUCAGAAAAAUUACUAUUUUACUCAAAUC